AUGAGCUCGGCUCUCUCAGUGCUCGCCCUUGGAGCAUGGGCAUGGACUGCUUUCAUCGUCGAGCAUGCGCUCUUUCUUCUGACCUUGAGAACAGCAUUGGUCCUCUCUCUCAUUCUCAAUCUUAAAAACCUCCCGCUUAUGUGGCAUGUCCGGACGUUUCGCACCAUCAUCCGCCGCAUCACCGAUCCGGCGCCAGCCAAAUAUCUCAGUCCCCGAUGUCUCUACCUGCCCGCCGUCAGCGCCACCCGCGCCCCGAUGCUCGAAUGCGACUACAACCUACACAAGUCCAAUUCGACCUACUUCACUGACCUCGACAUGUCGCGCAGCAAUCUCGCCCUCGUGCUGUUUGGGAAACAAUUCAACCCUUUCCCAGGGCCUCGGCACAUGGUCAUAAUACUAGGCGGCGCCCAGUGCGUUUGGCGCAGGGAGAUAAAGCCAUACGAACCCUAUGAGCUUUGGACUCGCAUCCUCGCUUGGGAUGAAAAGUGGAUUUACAUUGUCACUCAUUUCGUCGAGCGAGAUCAUUACGUCCACAAGGAGUAUAUCCUUCAGCCCCGCCGCACUUUGCGGAAGAAAAAGUGCAAGCCAAAGCAGCCGAUGAAAGCGCUGUUCGCAUCGGCAGUUGCAAGAUACGUCGUCAAGAAUAACAAAAGAACAGUAUCGCCCGACGAACUUCUGAGGCUUUGUGGGUUACUCCCGCCAGAGGAUAGUCAGAAUUUCCAGGAAAUUGAAAGUAAGAGGCAGAAAUGGUUGUCCAUAGCACAACUGCGCGAAGGAUGGGACGCGGUCCACGGCCUCUUUGAUGGUGAUGAAUCCGCAGCUCUCGGUCACUUCUCGGAUUUUAUGUGGUGUUAA